AUGGAAUCAACAUUAGGCAGAAGAUCAUCUAUUUCCACCUCUUCAUCAGAUGGUGGUUCUUCAAUAACUUCUGCCUCUUUUGCCAGCUCCUUAUUCAAAACCUUUAAUGAAUAUCUAUCAAUGAUGUAUUUAUGUAGCAAGAUGAGGAUGAACACCCUCACAAGGUUUAGCAACAGCAAAGGCAGCUAUGUAGAAGGUUUGCCUGUAACAGUCCCGUGGAAGAUACGACUGGCUAGAUUGGCUAUAUCGUUAUGGUUUUUAUACAUGUUGUGGAUUGGAAUGUGGUUACCUGCAUUGACUUCUCAUCAGGAGUAUUCUAGUAUACUUUCAUCUAAUAGUACCAUAAAUAAUGAAUAUAAUACUUCACCGUUUGGAUUUGAAGGAGGAUGGGUAUUUAGAGUAUUGAAUUAUCCACUCACUUUAUCAACAGAUGCCAUUCCUUAUGAGGGAAUAAUUGCACUUUCUGUCCUAUUUACAUUGAUUUCAUUGGUGAAUAUUAUCUUGAUGAUUAUUGGAAUGAAGAAGAGAUGUGAAGGAAUUUACAAAAUAUUUGACAAGGUUGGGAUGUAUUGUUCAUUAGUAGUAUCGUUUAUUGGACCAGUUGCCUUAUUUAUUAUGAGCAGUUUUGUUGAUUGUAAUCCAAAUAUUCAAAUCAAUGUCGAAGAUCAGACAGCAAGUGUUUCUGGAUUGUCAAGAUUUCCAUCAGUUCAAUGUUAUUCUAAAACAAAUACUAUUUUAAUUGUCAUGAGUUUGAUUGGAAUGAUGAUUACAUUUGUGAGUUGGAGUUUCUCUGUGUUUUUAUUGCCAAUCAAUACACCCAAUGUUGGAAUUCCUUUUGUGACGAAGGAUAACUUUAUAUUGGCACCAACCAUUUGCACGAUAGGAUUGGAAUUGUUAAUCAUGUUCUUCAUUCCACCGAAUUACAUGAUGGGGAGAGCGAUUGUUCAUCUCAUUUUGAGCUUUAUCAACAUUCCUCUCGUCAUUUACAGUUUACCAUUCUAUCAUCGAAUGAUGAAUUCACUCUAUUUUGGAAUUGUUUGUGCAAGAUUUGGAGUUAGUAUUGGAGUAUUGAUUAGCUCAUUGGUCAAUGUAAAUCUGUUGAGUGAUUUGGGUCUUGGAAUGAUGGGAUUGAGUAUUGGAUUGGGAAUUCUAUUUUUCAUUCUUGCUUUUACUGCUUUGGAAAUUUACACACUUGUUGUUUGCAGACAAAUAAGAAAUAUUUUCAAAACCAAGAUUAGUGUCUGUGAAAUAACUGAGAGCAGAGCAGAUUUAUCACUUUACAACAUUAUUGAAAGAGAGGCAGUUCCCAUUUUCAUUGUUUGUGAACAAUUAUCUCUAAGACACUUGAUGUUGUUUUUACAAUUUUCAAUUGGGCAAAAUGUGAAACAUCACUCCCCCGAUCAUUACGGUGUGACUAUUGUCAGUGAUCCAUUAAUGGCUAUUGCUUUUGUGAAAUCCAUUUCUCAGCAGAAAUCCUUCCUUAAUACUGAAAUGUUGCUCAUUUCAAGUGUUUUGGUCAACUACAUUUGGCAAGAUGAUCACAGAUCUCAAUUUGCAAAUUAUCUACUGGCAAAGGCUCUUAAACAUUGUCAUCAAACUUUAAAGAGAGUUCUUAUCACUGAAAAACAAAAAGAAAUUGAAAUUACACUCAACGAGCUAACCAAGACAAAUAUGGAAGUAAGAAACACAAUUACAGAAUUAGAAAUAACCCUUGCUGAGCUUCGAAUUGUUCAUAAAUCAUUCUGGAAGGAAAUGUUGAACGAUAUUCCAAACGAAACCAAACUUUCACAAAUUAAUAGCAGAGCUUCUGUCCUAACACUAUUCUGUGACCAGAAUUUCCUCAAUCUUACCAAAGCUCACAGUCACGAUAAGACAGUGAUUCGUUUUUAUGCGUCCUACCUUGAGGAAUUCAAAUUCGAUAAGGAACUAUCUACUUCAUUGUUUGAAGAAGCAGCUGCAAUGGAAGAAGAAGAAUCGAGAUCAAAGAAUGUCAAUCAUCACAAUCCACAAUCAUAUUACGAAGCAAAGAAAUUCAAGAAUAAGAUUGUGCCCUCAUCCAAUGUGGAAAUGUCCACCAAUAAUGAAGAUAUUAGUACUGAAAGAGAUGAAAGUGGUUCAGCCCUAAAUGGAAAAAGUCAAUUCAAUGGGAAUGAGAUGGAUUUCGAAGGUGUCGAAAAUCAAGGAAUUGACAAGAAGGAAACCUUCUUCAGAACUGCCAUCAAUGCUCCAUUCCAAUCCAAACUGAGAAUCUCAGUCUUUCUAUUCUUGUCAGUUUUGAUGCAUGUCUUGUUAAUUGUCAUUUUCAUUCUGAGUAUUGUUUAUAAUGAGAGAGUUGUUUCUACUCCUCUUGUAUUGCAGAGUUGCAUUCCUGGUUCAACACCAGGUGCAUUACUAAGAGUUGCAAGAAUGAAUCAAAUCUUGACAGAGGUUUACGCAAAUGAAGGACAAUCAUGGUUAAAGAACUCGAGUCGAAUGUAUGAAUUGAAUUAUUUCACAUCAACCUUCAGAAAUCGAUAUUUGGAGCAUAAGGGGUAUUUGGAAACAUUAAUUUCCAAUUCACAAUCUGGUAAAUUUACAAGUAACAUGUAUAAUGACUUUACAGAGAGAGCAAGUCCAAUUUUAAUUCCAAUUUCAACAACAGAUCCUAAAUCAAUUGAAUUUGUAAACACCUUCUCAAAAAAUGUUUCAAUGAGUGAAGUUUCUCAAGAAUUCUUGCAUCAUGUUGAGCAAUUUUUGAACUUUGGAGAAAAGCAAUACAAUGAAACAACAAAGAGUUACAGUUUCAUGUACAUUUAUUUAAAUAGAAGAUAUUUAGCCGAUAAUUAUCUCCAAUUCUGCAAGUCAUUCCAGGAAAGCGAAAGAGCAAACACUCACCAGUUGAAUAUUAUUUUAUUGGCCUAUAUUUUCACAUCCUCCUCAGUAAUGACGAUGAUUUACGUUAUUUUCAUUUUGAUUUCAAGGAGUGAGAUGACAUGGUUCAGUAAGAUCACAUCUCUGUACAAGAAAAUUCCAAAAGAUUUUGUUGGAAUAAUUUAUCACAAAUUAGAAGAAAAGACAAAAGAUGAUGCCAAGCACUUGAAGAAAAAUCCUCUCUUGCAACCAAAGGCCUUCUCUCUGAUAUUGGCACUUCUAAUUGUGACAGUUUUCAUGUUGUCUUCUGGUUUGAUUUAUUAUGAAAUUUCAAUGAAUAUUUCAACUGCUUCAUCUGCCAUUUACAAUGUUGAUUUGCUGAGUGUAUUUUUGAGAACAGUUCAUAGAGUUACUAUUAGACUGAAUGAAUUGUUUAUUUACUUGUCAUUGCCAUCUGGAAAAUUCAUUAACAGCCCAUUUUUGGUUUCGAAUAAUUCACAAUUGCAAACAAUGAAAACAGAAAUCAGACAAUUCAUUGAUUUGUCGGCAACCAUUUAUGAUCAGGUUAUUUAUGGCCAAGAUGGAAUAACAACACCACUCGUUGGGAAAUACUCCAAAUUAGAUAAGAUUAUUACUGGUCUAUCGACUUGCACCAAUUCCUCCAUUGACUAUAAUUGGAAAUCUAAUGGAAACAAAAUUAUUGGACAAAGUAAUGAAUUGUUAAAAGAUUGUUAUGGCCUUCAAAAGUACAUGUCUACAUUCACAAUACUGGCAGGACAAGUGAGCGAGAAGUUCUUCAAUCCUUCCUAUGCUUCAACACAAUCUGAAGAAGCAUUCGCAGAAUUGCUAACACUAUUUAAUAUGUGUGAUAUGGUUUAUGACAAGUUUAGAGAUUUUCUCACAACAUUGGUCAGUUUGACAUCUCUUCCUUCCACUACAAUUUCAAUUGUAUUCUUGAUUUUCGGUAUAACUUCAAUGCUCAUAUUACAAUACAUGAUUUUCAUCAGUUUCCAAACCUAUGAUCACGAAAUAACCAAUAUGAAAGCAUUCCUGAAUUAUCUGUCCACAGAAUUCAUAGAAUCAAAUGAUGGACUCAAGAGUUUUGCCUUGUACAACUCUAUUGGAACGAACUAUUUGACUGGACGAAAGCUAAAACAAUCCUCAGCUACAGAUCAAGAUUCUUUGAAGAAAUUAAUGAGUUCAAUGGUAGAUGGUGCACUAUUAGCAAACGAAAAUGGAGAUAUCAUUCUAUUCAAUGGACCAGCUCAGAACAUGUUCGGAAAGUCAAUUUCUGAUGUUCUGGGAACAAACUUUAUGCAUUUAUUUGAUGAGCACUCUGGUGAAAAGUUGUCCAACAUUUUGAAAACAAUCAAGAGUGAAAUUGAUGAAAAUGUCAAACAUGGAGAUGUUAUUGAAUUGGAAUGUGUUAGAAAGAAUUCCACAAAGUUUCCAGCCAUGGUCACCAUCUUUGUUUCGAGAAUUUCUGGCAGCUCUGACAAGGGAAAGAGUAACUCAAUGGUUGUUUCAUGCUUUAUGAGAGAUAUCACUCCAGAGAAGAAGCAAAAUUCACUUCUAGCGGAGGAGAAGAAAAAUUCUGAAAAUUUAUUGAGAAAUAUCUUGCCAGAUGCUGUUGCAAGCAAGUUGAAAUCAGGUGAGACAUUUAUUGCUGAGAGAUUUAGUGAUAUUACUUGUUUCUUUAGUGAUAUGGUUGGUUUUACGAAAAUGUCAAGUGGAAUGAAUCCAAGCGAAUUGGUUUUGAUGUUGUCAUCCAUUGUGAAUGGAUUUGAUGAUUUGACAGAUGUUUAUUCAUUGGAAAAGAUCAAGACAAUUGGUGAUGCCUAUUUCUGUGUUGGAGGUUUACAUAAUAAUCCACAAUCUGAUCAUCCUGAAAGAACAUUGAGAUUUGCAAUUGAUACAUUUCAAGUAAUUAGAAAUUAUAAUAUUGAACAUCCUCAAAAUCAAUUGAAUAUUCGAGUUGGAAUCAAUACAGGAUCAGUUGUUGCUGGUGUGAUUGGAAAGAAGAAGUUUGCCUAUGAUUUAUGGGGUGAUACUAUCAAUACUGCUUCUCGAAUGGAAUCAACUUCAAUGGCAGGAAGAAUUCAAAUUUCCAGAUCGACCUAUCAGAGAGUGUAUGAUAUUGGAUUUGAAUUUGAACAGAGAAGUGUUGAAGUGAAAGGAAAGGGUGUUUGUGAAACCUAUUUAUUGAAAGAUAAACAUCAUGCCCAGACAGUGGUGACAGAGGAGGAAAUUAUUGAAUUACAACAAUUACAACAACAGCAACAAGAGCGUCGUCCUUCUAUUCAUCCCUCAACAGUUUCUCAACACAUAUCUUUUUCCGAUGAACAAGUUACACCUCAUUCUAAUAAUCAAUAA